AUGGCAGCGGUGGCCGGACCCCGGCUGGGCGGCCGGGCUGCGGCGGCGGUGCGAGGUCUGCUGGGCGGCUGCGUUCGGGGAGCCCCGGCCCCAACUCCUGCCGCCGCGAGCCUCAGCUGCAGCGCCAGGGGCUUCUGCACAGCGGCCGGAGCUGCCCCGGACAUGAAGAGUUACCUGUGGGAGCGCUACAGGGAGGCCAAGCGGGGCACGGAGGACCUGGUUCCUUCAAUUAUGAGCAACUUGUUGAAUCCAGAUGCAAUUUUCUCCAACAAUGAAAUGAGCCUGUCAGACAUUGAAAUCUAUGGCUUUGAUUAUGACUAUACCCUCGUCUUUUAUUCUAAGCACCUCCACACCCUCAUCUUCAAUGCUGCUCGAGACCUCCUCAUCAAUGAACAUCGGUAUCCUGCAGAGAUAAGGAGCUACGAAUACGACCCAAAUUUCGCCAUUCGUGGUCUCCAUUAUGAUGUACACCGGGCCAUGUUGAUGAAGAUUGAUGCUUUUCAUUAUAUCCAGCUGGGAACUGUGUACAGAGGGCUCAGUGUUGUCCCCGAUGAAGAAGUCAUCGAGAUGUACGAAGGCUCCCACGUGCCCCUGGAACAAAUGAGCGACUUCUAUGGAAAGAGCUCUCAAGGAAACACAAUGAAGCAAUUCAUGGACAUCUUCUCCUUACCAGAGAUGACCCUCCUUUCUUGUGUCAAUGAGUAUUUUCUGAAGAACAACCUUGAUUAUGAGCCUGUGCAUCUCUACAAGGAUGUCAAGGAUUCGAUCAGAGACGUCCACAUCAAAGGGAUCAUGUACAGAGCAAUUGAAGCGGAUAUUGAGAAGUAUAUCUGCUACGCUGAGCAGACCCGAGCGGUGCUGGCCAAGUUGGCGGAUCAUGGCAAGAAGAUGUUCCUUAUCACCAAUAGCCCCAGCAGCUUUGUGGACAAAGGAAUGCGAUACAUUGUUGGGAAGGACUGGCGGGAUCUGUUUGAUGUUGUCAUUGUUCAGGCAGAGAAGCCCAAUUUCUUCAAUGACCGGCGGAGACCAUUCCGUAAGGUGACCGAAAGAGGUGUACUUCUUUGGGAUAAGAUCCACAAGCUGGAAAAAGGCCAGAUUUACAAACAGGGUAAUUUAUAUGAAUUUUUGAAGCUCACUGGAUGGAGGGGGUCCAGAGUGUUGUAUUUUGGAGAUCACAUAUACAGCGAUCUGGCAGAUUUGACCCUGAAACAUGGCUGGCGGACGGGCGCCAUCAUUCCUGAGCUCAGGUCAGAGAUCAAGAUCAUGAACACUGAGCAGUACAUUCAGACCAUGACCUGGCUGCAGACCCUGACUGGAUUAUUGGAACAGAUGCAGAUUCACAGAGAUGAUACGUCACAGAUGAUUUUGCAAGAAUGGAAAAAGGAAAGAAAGGAGAUGAGAGAAAUGACCAAAAAUUUCUUCAACUCCCAGUUUGGAAGCCUGUUUCGAACAGACCAGAACCCCACAUACUUCCUGAGGCGCUUAUCUCGAUUUGCUGAUAUCUACAUGGCGUCUCUGAGCUGCCUUCUGAGCUAUGAUCUCAGUCACACGUUCUAUCCCAGGAGGACUCCCUUACAGCAUGAACUUCCAGCGUGGUCUGACAGGCCCCCAGCGGGGAACUUCAGGAUCCCCUUUACACAAGGGGUGGCCCAGGCCAAGUAACCAAAUAAACCACUCGAGGUGGGCGGACAUUGAGGCAUUAAUACCAAUGAGAGUAUAAACGGCGCUUUUUAAGCAAGUAUGAAUAUUGUAUUUUGCUAUUUAUAUGGUUUUAUCUGGUGAAUAAAUUUCCUUGUUUUGAUAGAAUAGGAAUUCAGAAUUAAGUGGUCUAACUCUCUUCUGAUUUGAAUCUCCUGUUAAUGAUAAUGGGAAUUAUGGACACCCAGAGGAGGAGAAAGUAGAUCCCUGAAGUUUCUGUUGGCUGAAAGAUGAGCUUCAUAUUGAAAGUCUAUUUAUUCAGCCUUUCGGUUUACAAAGGCCUUGGAGCUGAGUUUUUCUGGGAUAGAUAAGGCCCUUUUUGUCCUAGUUCUAGAGUCGUGUGGCUUGGUUGAGUUUUGACAGUAUUGAAACGACUGUGUUUCUUCAUCAUUCAUUUGACAGUUCCCUACUAGGUACCUAAGAUGUACAAGGCACCAUGGGAAACACAGAGAUGCCUAACUCUUCAUCCUUGCCUUCAGAGAGGUUACAAAGAGGAAGCGACCUAUUAUAGUGGAAAGAGCAGAAGACUUGGGUUGGAAUUCCACUUCUGGUACUUCUUAGCUGUGUGACCUUGGUCAAAUCGAUUAAGCGUUCUGAGACCCUGUUUUCUUACCUGUAAAAUGGUGGAUAAUAAGCCUAAUUGUAAGAGAGGAUAUAGUAGAUUGGGUAAAGAGCUGACCUCAAAACUGUGGUCUGAUUUCAAGUCUCUCAUACAUACUGGUUUUGUGACCCUAGUUACUUAAUUGCUCAUAGGCAACUCUCUUAGACUACAUUAUAAAUAGCAGAGAAAGUGCUGCAUUAGUAAAGAGAGUUUUUCCUCUGUCUAAAUCUUUGUAGGUUUGACCUCACUGAAUUGUUGUGGGGUUCGAUAAAGAUAAUAGAGUGUCCCCAAGAUCUUUAAGAGCUUAACACUGUAUUAAGAUGUUUAGGACACCCCCGUAUACAUAAAGUGCUUUUCAAACUUCAAAGCGCUGUGUGAAUGUCAGGUAUUGUUAUAAUUAUAAUUUAGCCAAGUUCCAUGCUCAUGCUAGGCUGCCAGGUUAGAAGCUAGAGAGCUCACCCCUCAAAUUGUUGGUUUUGAGAUUUAUUUUGAUAUUUCUCUUUUGACGUGAACAUACCCUGCACCCUGGGAAUUCGCAGUACUUCAAAGAAAUCGAAGCCCUGCUUCUGGGAAGACUCCAGGUGGGAGGAUGGAGAAGGGGGUUAACUUCCUCACCCUCCCUCAUCCUCAUUCAGCCGCUUCCUUACCAGGGGCAGACCAAGAGCGUGAUCAGUGACAGAUGAGAGUCCAUGCCUAUCCACUGCAAAGAUAGUGGUGUUCCCUGACAAAGGCAGAGGGAAAACUGUCUUGGAUAAAUAAUAGUCCCAGGCUACCAAGAAGAAUUUAGGACUGGAGGUGGGUUAUGGUUCCCAAUUAAGAAAGGUUAUAGAUUCAUGUGCAAAACAAGACAGGCAGGAAUGUGAUACUACCAGGACACAGCCUAAAACAAUCAACAUGAAUUAUCCAAGAGCUGUUAAAACAGCAAAAAACUUGGACAGAGCACCGGCCCUGGAGUCAGGAGGACCUAAGUUCAAAUCUGGCCUCAGACCAAACACUUGACACAU